AGACGACCGUGUGAGAGCAGCGUGUCAGAGCCGCCUGUUAGCGGCACUGCAGAUGGACUAAAGCAGAGUCAGCUCUGCCACAUCCUCCCCCUCCUCUCACACACACACACACACACACACACACACCAUGGACGAAUUUCUCCCAUCCUAGCGUCGCUACAAUUAACCAUCAUCGGCUGCAUUUAACCUACACGCGACCUGACGAUAGAAAACUCCGAUUCCUCUCUGUUUUUCUCUCUCUCUCUCUGCCGUGGACACUGUUAAGUUGGUUUUCACAGGUGUGGAGCAGAGAAUGAAGCGGCUUUUUGUCAGAGCUGUGCCGGACAAAGCCAUGAACCCCUGGCUGCUUUUGGCUCUCCUCGGACUCUGUGCAGCGUUUGGGCCCAGUAAACAGGAAGAAGAGGACUAUGAAGAUGUGCCCAUAAAUAAAACUUGGGUCUUAUCACCGAAGGUCUACGAGAGCGAUGUGACUUUGAUCCUAAAUAAACUGCUGCUGGGCUACGACAACAAACUGCGGCCUGACAUUGGAGUGAGGCCGACAGUGAUUGAAGCAGCCGUGUAUGUCAACAGCAUUGGACCAGUGGACCCCAUCAACAUGGAAUACACCAUUGACAUCUUCUUUGCCCAGACAUGGUACGACAGCCGACUGAAGUUCAACAGCUCGAUGAAGGUGCUCAUGCUCAACAGUAACAUGGUAGGCAAAAUCUGGAUCCCCGACACAUUCUUCAGGAAUUCCCGCAAAUCAGAUGCCCACUGGAUCACCACUCCCAACCGCCUCCUGAGGCUGUGGAGCAAUGGGAGAGUCAUGUACACACUGAGGUUGACUAUUAAUGCGGAGUGUUACCUUAAGCUGCAUAACUUUCCAAUGGAUGAACAUUCGUGUCCACUGGAGUUUUCAAGCUAUGGUUAUCCCAAGAAUGAGAUAAUGUACCGGUGGCAGAGACGGGCAGUGGAAGUGGCAGACCAGCGGUACUGGAGACUCUACCAGUUUGCCUUCGUAGGGUUGAGGAACUCCACUGAUGUGGCACACACCCAGUCAGGGGAAUAUGUAAUCAUGACAAUCUUUUUUGACCUGAGUCGGAGAAUGGGCUACUUCACCAUCCAGACCUACAUUCCCUGCAGUAUGAUCGUGGUCUUGUCCUGGGUCUCGUUCUGGAUCAACAAGGAUGCCGUCCCAGCCCGCACAUCUCUAGGUAUCACCACAGUGCUCACAAUGACUACUCUAAGCACCAUCUCCAGGAAGUCCCUGCCCAAGGUUUCCUACGUCACUGCCAUGGACCUGUUUGUCUCUGUCUGCUUCAUCUUCACCUUCGCUGCCCUCAUGGAGUAUGGCACUCUGCACUACUUCACCAGCAACAGACAGACCAAGAAGUCUAAAUCCAACAAUAACACACAAAAAGCACCCAGCAUGGUGAAUAUCCGACCUGGCACGUCCCUGCUGCAGAUGAACAACAUUGUGCCCUAUCACGAGGAGGCUGACUAUGCUUACGAGUGUUUGGAUGGAAAAGACUGCACCAGCUUCUUCUGCUGCUUCGAUGACUGCCGCUCAGGUGCUUGGCGCGAAAACAGGAUGCAUGUGCGGGUUUCCAAGAUCGAUUCGUACUCACGAAUAUUCUUCCCCACUGCUUUUGGCCUUUUCAAUCUGGUUUAUUGGAUUGGUUAUCUGUAUCUAUAAAACCAUUACCUCAAAGAAGGACAACUGGAGUUUGACAUAUGCAAGCAUUUCACAUCAGCAUAGCUGCUCUUCUAGCAUCAGAAGUAAUAGCUACUUAGCAAACAAGAAACAAUAUUAGAGAGCCCCUAUUAUACUCCUUUUCAGCGUCUUGGGGUCUACACAAAUAGGUUUACAUGCUUUGAUGUUAAAAAAACAUGUGUUUCUCAUAAUGCCCAUUGCUGCAGCGCCUCGACCUGAAACGCUUUGUCUGAGCUCCUGCCCCCCCCUUCCCAAAAAGCCCAGGCGUUUCAGGCAGUUUAGAAAAAGUGCUUUCUGUGGGAGAGAAAGCUCCGUUUGGAGUUAAAUUUGUACUUUAUACAUCUAUUAAACACACAAAAUACUAUAUAACACACUAACAGACAUGAAGAAUCCAAAAAAGCAUAAUUUUGAAUUUUAAAUUAUGAAUUGACAUUGCCUUGUGUUUCCCCGCGCCCCGGAUGAAGUAUGGCAAAUGUCCCUCAAUCUGUCCAACACCUUGUUCCAGAGCAAGACAGGUCAACAAUUAUUGGUUAAUAUGCCAUAAAGUAUAGUAUGGAUAUUCAUUGUCCCCAGUGGAUUAUACCUAAUGAUUAUGGUGACCUAUUGACCUUUUAAUCGUUGCCGGGGGAUUGAUCCCAUUUUUUAUGACCGUUUAACCUUACAAGACCCUGAGCUAAUUGAAGUCCUUUCCUCGUGGUAUUUAGUAUGUUUACAUGCACACUAAUAUUCCACUUUUAAAUUUAUCAUGCCAGUAAAAUUAUGGUUUCUGAUCAUUUUGGAUUAAGGUUGGCAAAAUACCUGGAUUUACUUAGCUCUAAUGCCUACGACUCUCUUAAUGCACCUUUUAUCUCUUCUUAUUUUCUUUUUUAUCAAUGAAAAAGCAAUGAUACAUUGAUACAUUUAGGCCUCAUUUGUACCCAGCAUUCUGUCACUUUCACCGGUUAAAAUGACAAAUGUUGACUCUGUAACCCCUAACUUGCAAAUAUUGGAAUUUCAAACCUCAU